GAGGCGGCGGCUUCCGGCCGGGACGGCGCGGUGGCUCCUGAGGUGCCUCACGGCGCUAGCGGCUUCCCGGGAGCUGGGCCCUGUGGGCAACGCAGGGGCGACGGAGCGGCGGGCCAGCCGGGCGGUGGCUGGAGGACCUCCCAUCUCCACGGGCCCCGGAGUUAACCCGCCUUCAUCCGGCGUGAGGCCCACCCCUGCCCCUCACCUCCGGGACUCGAUCCCCUGGGAUCGCUCCCCGUGGAGGCCAUGGAUACCUCGGCACCUUUGCCUCCCGUCCCCCCGUCCCCGAACUGCAACCCCGCCCCACGGACCAUCCAGAUCGAGUUCCCUCAGCACAGCUCAAUGCUUCUGGAAGCCCUAAACCGUCACAGGCUGGAGGGGAAGUUCUGUGAUGUGUCCCUCCUGGUGCAGGGCCGGGAACUUCGGGCUCACAAAGCCGUGCUGGCUGCUGCCUCUCCUUACUUCCACGACAAGCUUCUCCUGGGGGAUGCCCCACGCCUCACCCUGCCCAGCGUCAUUGAAGCGGAUGCCUUCGAGGGGCUGCUCCAGCUCAUUUAUUCAGGGCGCCUGCGCCUGCCACUGGAUGCUCUCCCUGCCCACCUCCUUGUGGCCAGUGGCCUCCAGAUGUGGCAAGUGGUAGAUCAGUGCUCAGAGAUUCUUCGAGAAUUAGAAACCUCAGGUGGCGGAAUGUCAGCCCGUGGAGCGACCCCUUAUCACACACUUCUUUCCACUGCAUCAUCAGCAGGAGGUUGGUGCAUUCGCUCUUCCUCUUUCCAGGCUCCUGUGCAGUCUUCUGCUUCUACCCAGAACCCCGUUGGAGGGGAGGGGAGUGAACUGGGAGAGGUGUUACAGAUUCAAGUUGAGGAGGAGGAGGAAGAGGAGGAAGACGAUGAUGAAGACCAGGGGUCAGCAGCACUUUCUCAGACUCCUCAGCCUGCCAGAGUAUCAGGGGUUCCCCACUCUCAUGGGUCCCACCCACUGCCCAUAUCUGCUACUCCCCGUAGGCUUCCAGAGGAGGAGAGUGCACCACUUGAGUCUCCUGCCCCUCCUUCUGCAGCGCCCCCCAAAAUCUUCUACAUUAAGCAGGAACCCUUUGAGCCUAAGGAGGACAUAACAGGAAGUGGCACUCAGUCUGGAGGAAUAAUGGAGGAGACCACAGUGUUUCCUAAAGGAGGCACUGAAGGGAGUGAAGAGCUGGGGUUCUUGCCGCCCUCGGGAGUAGGGGCAACCUCUGGAGGAGGAGGUCCAUCCUGGAAACCAGUGGAUCUUCAUGGGAAUGAAAUUUUGUCGGGGGGUGGGGGUCCUGGGGGAGCGGGACAGGCUGUUCAUGGGCCUGUGAAACUAGGGGGGACACCCCCUGCAGAUGGAAAAUGUUUUGGUUGCUUGUGUGGGAAGCGGUUUGCAGUGAAACCAAAGCGUGACCGGCACAUUAUGCUGACAUUCAGCCUCCGGCCCUUCGGCUGUGGGAUCUGCAACAAGCGCUUCAAGCUGAAGCACCAUCUGACGGAGCAUAUGAAGACCCACGCGGGAGCCUUGCAUGCCUGUCCCCACUGCGGUCGUAGGUUCCGAGUCCAUGCCUGUUUCCUUCGUCACAGGGACCUGUGCAAGGGCCAGGGCUGGGCCACUGCUCACUGGACUUACAAGUGACUGUGAGGCCAUAUACUAACUUCUAGGAAAAGAGAGCCACUGCUGCUGAUGGAUACUUACCCCUCACUACCAUGGCACCUCAAUCGUGGAUCUUAUAAUCAUGCCAGGAGGAUAUAUCAUGGACCUCUUGUUCUUGGGUAUGGACUUCAACCUGGCAGAUUUGGAAACUCAGAAUUCUCAUCUUACUGCAGGUUUUUACUAAUCACAUUACAGAAUAGUGGUUUACAGGCCAUAUGUAAAUUGGUCACUUGCUCAUAAUAGACCUUUUUAUACAGGAAACCAGAUUUCAGAUUAGAAAAUUUAUUUGAAGAGAGAAGAGUUAAAACAAAAAGACAUAAUGAUAAAUGUUUCAUUCAGUCUCCAUGAGGAGUUAAAGGAGCUGGUCUCCAUCUAGGGAUAUGUUUGAUUUAGAGUUCUAAUAAUUCAGGGACUGAGCUCUAAGUUUUUCUUUCCCUUAUCAUUGCUGAAAUGUGAGCAGAGUUCUUUUUUAUGUACUUUCCUUGUUAUGUCUUUCCAGAAGCCCCUCAGAUCAUAACUUGCUUUUUUACCAGUAGAUAUUUUCCCAACACCUUUAUUUUUGUAGUUGAGCACUUUAACAAAUUGACAUUCCAUGUGUCAUUACUAGAACCCUCUUUAAUAGAGGGUAUUCCUUCAACAACGUGUGCCUCUUUUCUACUUUUGACCACCACUGAUCACUCAUAUAUUGAUCACAGUGAUUGGAAUGUGACCAGGGAACUCAGGAGAUGGCCACUGACCUAAAAUGCUUUCAAGGUAGCACCACUACUCUGAACAAAUGGCUUUGGUCAGAGACGGGUUGAGACAGCACAUACUGAAGGUUAGAGAGUAACUGCAUAGUGGGACCACACCCCCACCCUUUCCAUCCCUACUCACACAUGACAAAUAAACUUUGUUUUGGAAUUGAGAACUGA